UAUAUUGAUAUGCCAUUUCUCAGUUGAAUGAGUUACCAAAAAGAAUACUGUGAUAGGUGGUUGCCCCAACUUUUAUUCCCUCAUUUCGGUUCUUUCUUCCUUUACGGUUCAAACAAUGACAAACAAUCUUUUGCCAUAGCAUCAAAGGAAGAAAAGGUUAUAGAAACAUGGAAUUAGUACUAUGCAAAAUGGGGAUAUCAACUGUGGAGCUUCCUUACAUCUUAUGCAUGUCUUAUUCUUGCUUUGUUUCUACACCAUCCUAGAGAUCGUAACUGUUAUUUAAGUACAUUCUAUGGUUCUCUAUUCAUAUGAAUCGGAUUACAUAUUAGGAGCACAAUAACUUCAGGGUUUUGUCCUUUUUCACAAUGACUUCUAAGCAUGUUCAUUUCAGAGCAUGCUUCUUUUUCAGGAGGAAAUUCAAAGUCCGUGUGAUUGAGCCUCCAGAGGACAUCAAACAACUCUUUGAGAUGUACUCAGAGAACGGCACAAUGAGCCCUGAUAAUCUACUCAGGUAUCUGAUUGAGUUUCAAGGGGAACAAGAUGCUAUCAAAGAUGAUGCUCAAGCUAUCAUCUAUAGCGUUAUCUAUAGCGUUAGACGUCUCAACAUUAUCCCAAGAGGCCUCCAUCUCGAAGCCUUCUUUCGGUAUCUUCUUGGUGAUAUUAAUUCCCCCCUGCCUCCGCCUCAGGUGCGCAAUGACAUGAAUGCUCCACUGGCUCAUUAUUUCUUAUUCACAGGCCACAACUCGUACUUGACUGGGAACCAACUGAGUAGUUCUAGCAGUGUGGUGCCAAUUAUAAAGGCUCUUAGGAGAGGCGUAAGAGUUAUUGAGCUGGAUUUGUGGCCGAAUUCUGAAAAAAAUAAUGUGGUGAUUACCCAGGGAGAGACAUUGACUUCUUCAGUUCAACUCAUAAAAUGCUUGCAAGCAAUUAAAGAAAAUGCCUUUUAUGCUUCCGAAUACCCAGUUGUGAUAACAUUUGAAGAUCACUUAACUCCGAAUCUUCAAGCUAUGGUGGCCAAGAUGGUCAUUAGAACAUUUGGAGGCAUGUUGUUUGUUCCUAAAUCAGACCAGUUGCAAGAAUUUCCAUCACCUGAAUAUUUGAAGAAAAAGGUCAUGAUUUCAACUAAGCGUCCAAAAGAGUACCUGGUUUCUCGGACACGUGAGGAAAAAGAGACUUCAGAGAAGUCAAAAAAAUCAUCAAAGAAGACAAAUUCUGGAAGUCAGCCUGAAACCAAUGAAAAGGUGGAUCUGCAUUCCUAUCGCAUUAUAAUAUUUGGUAGACAAUUAACAUUGUGUCAGCAGGAUCAGUUAAAUGAGGAAGACCAACUUGAGGAGGAAGAUGAGGACAAGACGGCUCUUGAAUAUAAGCAUUUAAUAGCAAUUCAUGCUGCGAAAGUGAAAGGUGCAGUCAAAGAUUGUCUGACCAUUGAUCCUAAAAAAGCUAGUUGCCUAAGCUUGAGUGAGGAAGAGAUUGAAGAUGCUACCAAGAUGCAUGGAAGUGAUAUUGUCAGGUUUACACAGCGGAGUUUUCUGAGGGUAUAUCCUAAGGGCACGCGCAUUUCCUCGUCUAAUUACAAUCCUUUUGUUGGGUGGAUGCAUGGAGCUCAGAUGGUUGCAUUCAAUAUGCAGGGAUAUGGAAAGUACCUGUGGAUUAUGCAAGCAAUGUUUAGAGCCAACGGUGGUUGUGGUUAUGUGAAAAAACCAGAUUUUUUGUUAAAUGCAGCCUUUGAUACUGAUAUGAUUCCGCCAGUGAAGAAAAUCUUGAAGGUAAAAGUCUACAUGGGAGAAGGAUGGGAUUUGGAUUUCGCCGGCACACACUUCGAUCUAUAUUCCCCUCCAGACUUCUUUGUAAAAAUUGGCAUUGGUGGUGCUCCGGCAGAUAACAUUAUGAACCGAACAAAAGUGAUUGAGGAUGAGUGGAAACCAGUGUGGAAUGAGCGGCUUGAGUUCCCUCUAAGAGUUCCAGAACUGGCAAUCCUUCGAAUUGAAGUUCUCGAGUAUGACUCAUCAGGAAAACAUGACUUUGCAGGCCAAACUUGUUUGCCUGUAUCAGAGUUGAGAAGUGGAAUUCGAGCAGUUCCAUUACACAACCGCAAAGGGGAUAGGUACAAGAAUGUAAGACUGCUUAUGGGUUUUGAAUUUCUUUCGGAAACACAAUAGGCUUUCAUAGAUUGGAUUUGUACUCUUAGCUAUUAAUGAAAGAUCCAACUCCAAAAUGUAUGUUUAUAGAUACGCAAGAAAGCUGUUAUUCAUUAGAA